GGACAAACUUCAUUGUUUUCUAAAGAUGGCCUGGAAGUAGACUUUGCCACUGCUUCCUCCACAAACAGCUCUUCGUAACAUGGGCCGCAUGAAAUCAAAGCAAACUUUCCCAUUUCCUAACGUAUAUGAAAGUGAGAAGCAGCAUGAGAGUGAAGAACCCUUUAUGCCAGAAGAGAAAUGUCUACCUAGGACGCCUUCUCCAGUUAAUGUCAAAGAGGAAGUGAAGGAACCCCCAGGGACCAAUAUUGUGAUCUUCGAAUAUGCACACCACCUGUCCCAGAAUAUCUUGUGUGAUGCCUUGCAGCAAUGGGCAUGCAAUAACAUCAAGUACCAUGACAUUCCAUACUUUGACAGUGAGGAGCCUUGAGGCUGUAGGAUGACAA